GGUAUUGCAUCCUUGUCCCUUUAGUAAUUUAACUACGCCCAAGAUCUGUCGGUCGAUACUUUUUUCAAUGCCUAGAGUACACUAUUAUUGACAUAUGGAGAAUUAGAUUAGCCUUAUUUUUUGCCGUUAAAAUGGAUGGUAUUGUAGGACCUAUUAAAAAGGAGGAUGUCACAGGAAUUCCUUCUGUGACCCUGCAUGAAUUCAAGCAGGCAGACUACACUGAUUCCGAAGCGGACAUAGAAGAGGAUUUCACGGAGGAGCACCUGGAGCUGGAGUCCAGUUAUCAGGAUGUCCCCACGGAGGACUCAGAUGCAACCAUUACGCAGGCCAAAAGUGUGCGCAGCCUGCCCUUGAGCAAUACUCCCAUGCGCAAGUAUCCUUUCAAGUUGAAGCAAAACGAUAGCGGCAAUAUCCUAACCGUACAUCACACUGUUAACGAAGGGGGUCAGCAACUGCGCAUUCAGAUCGCCGCUUGCUGCUUCAACGAACUUAGCAACAAACUGGUGAUAAUCGACAAGCGUGGCAACGUCUUCGUGUUUGAUUUUGUUAAUAAACGCUACUGGCGCCUGGGAUUCCGGAUAGCCAGAGCCAAAUUGGUUCGUCCAUCGCCCUUGCACAUGAGUGACUACAUCGUAGGCAAUAAAGUGGGCCAAGUGUUCAUUAUAGACGUGGAUAACUCGGUUCUCGGCCCCCGCGGAGAGGUUGGCAACGCAUCGUUGGAAGAGUUAAGCUGGAGCAAUCGUUUUCUGAAUCCAUGCACCUCGAACGCUCUGAUGCGCUUUGGCAGUGACGCUGUACUGGUGAAUCUCCGUACACUGGAGGUCUCCCAUCAGCUGGACUUCGAUGAGUCGCGCUACACCCUGAAGUUUGCCGCCUUCCUACCCAACUCUGACCAGUUCCUUAUAGGAUUCUCUAACGACUCGCUGCAUGUGUGGUCUUCCCAUUCCUUGUGCACGUUGCGGAUGGCUCAACCUAUUAAGGCCAGGAACCGCAAGCUGAGACUGAUGCCAUCAGGGGAAUCUGUUCCGGAAUUUGUUCUUCGAGGCUCUGACAACAGCGACAUGGAGGACGACUUGACUUUCGAUUGCCAAGACCACGACUAUGCCGAUGGAUUGCUAGUCAGCUACUGCUUCACCCCUGACGGCAACAAGAUGUGUCUAAGCACCUUGGAUGGAUACCUCCUGUUGCUAAACGUGGCAUCCUUUGAUCUGGAGAAGCUCUACCGCUUAACCGACUUUACUCUACGCCAAAUGGCCUUCCUCGCGCAGCCCAAGGAGCGCAUAGUAUUUGGGAUAACGGCCAGGAACCAAGCGGUCAUGCUAGAUCUGACCAAUACAGACUACAAGCUUAUCGUGCAGCGUGAAAACGCGAUCGAUCUGACUCUUAGCCGGGAUGGCAAGCUGCUGAGUGUAACCUCUCGCUGCGGAGAGGUGAAUGUGUGGUCUACCUGCCGACUGUUCAACGCCUUGCAAGCCCAGGUCCGAUGCCUUGGCCAGAUGAAAUCGACGUUUAAGCAAUUAAAGCCUCUGCCGCCCUGCAGUGUUAGCCGAGGAGUGAACCAGGAAGUACGUCACCUGCUCAAGCCAGAGCGGCUUAGAGCCAUGCUCAAGGAAUAUGGUUGCUAUCCGGAGAAGUACAGGUUCCUCAUAUGGACAUCCCUCUUAGAGCUUCCCUGCAACGGGACGCAGUUUCAGGCGCUCAUCAAACUGGGCCCACCGCCCAUGGUCAGAAACCAGGCCAAGAAACUUAAGAUUAAGAACGAAGCCCAGCGGCGUGGCGUUAUUAAGAUCUGGAGCUGCCUAGCCCAGUGGUGCAAGGUACUGGCUCACGCUGACUUUAUGCCGCAUAUCAUUUACCCCUUUGUGAAGCAGCUGCCCAAGAACGGGCUGGUUUCCUUUGAGGUGAUUGCUACUUUAGUUCUCAAUCACUUUGAAUUGUGGUUUGAGUUUCAUCCCCUGCCGCCUUCAAAUUAUCUCGCUAUGUGCGAAAAUAUCCUGCAGGACUGCGACGGGAAGCUAUGCAGGUUUUACAAAUCUCAGGAGAUCUUAGCCAAGGAUUUCGCUUGGUCCCUUCUGAGUACAGCCUUUUCGGAGGUCCUCGAAGAACAGCAGUGGCUUUCGCUGUGGGACAACAUAAUUUCGGAACAGCCUUGGUUCCCCGUGUUCCUGGUGGUUGCCUACAAUUUAGUUAAUCGAGAAGUCAUUAUACGCCUGCCGGACAAGCGAUCAGUGCUCUCCUUCUUCCACGAGCAGAAUCCGGUGGACGUCGGCAAACUUCUAUCCAAAGCCCGCAGACUGAUGGCUAGGUGUGAGCUCGCGUUACAUCCACAGCGUUUUAUGCAUCGCUUUAGUGGCAUUCCUAAGGGAGUGUAUCCCAAGUUCCUGAAGUAUCCCAGCGAGUGGAUCGAACAGCAGGAGGAUCAGGCAAUCUCGCUGAUAAAGCACAACCAGGAGAUUGAUGCCCGUAUACGCCACCUCGAGCUGGAGGAGGUACAGAUCAUGGAGCGCCUAGAAAACGGACUUAAGCAGGAGGAGCACGCUCGUCGCCUCAAGGAAAUGGAGAAGCUCUACCAGGACACUAUUUACCGUGAAGAGGAGCGGAUCACCUGCCAGCGCAAGAUGCUUCUCACCUACCAAAUGGAGGUGCGCCGCCGGAAGAGCGAGGUCAUCACCAAGUUGCAAGAGUCGGAGCAGCGGCGAAAGGUUCUCGAGAUGGAGAAGGAAAUCGACCUGCUGAUGCACAGCAUCGAACGCGAGCGUCGUCGACAGAACCAACAAAUGCAGCUGGCCGAGGAUGAAAUUCGCAACCAGGAGAUGGAGCUCCUCGCCCAGCGCUACUACUCGGAGACGGCAGGGGCUCCGUUGGCCCAGAAGUACUUCGAUAACAUCCAAAAGCUGUGCAACCAACGCGAUCAGCUGCAAAAGAACCUGCGUGAUAUGACAAUGGAGCACCUGCAAACUCCCGCCACUUCCGUGCAAUUUCAGCCCCAUCUUGUGGAUAUCGAGAACUCCAUUCUCGAAAUCCAGCGCGAGUUUACCGAAAUUAUAACUACUGAGACGACAGCUAGGGGAUGCAAGAGCAAUAUUCUUAACUAACAACUAGCAUAACAAAUUGAUGCCUUUUGUACAGACAUAUGUACAUAUAAAGCUAGGAUUAUUUACAUGGCACCGAAAAAUAAAUAAAUGAAUAAGGCAUA